UUUAGCUAAUAGGAACUAUUUUCCACCGCGGAGUGUGACGUCUAAAAUCGGCCUCCUUGCUUAAGGCUGAUUUAUGGUCUGCGUUACACCAACGCAGAGCCUACGAGGUGGGGUACGCGUUGACGCGCACCUUACGGCGUAGGCUCUGCGUCGAUUUAACUCGGCCCAUAAUUUAGGCUCUAAUUGAAAUCGUGUGGCGGAGGCGUGCAGGUGUUGCCACGCGGUAAUCAAAUGAAAACAAGCCAGAGCUCAUGCACAUCGUUUGCUCAAGAGCAGCUGCAUUGAAAAGUCCUCCGUCGUUGCAUUAAAUCUGUUACACAAGAUGAACAGCAGUGGACCAGCCUAUCCUCUUGCCUCCUUGUAUGUUGGAGAUCUGCACCCUGAUGUCACAGAGGCCAUGCUUUACCAGAAGUUUUCCCCUGCUGGGCCUAUCAUGUCAAUUCGUGUAUGCCGUGACAUAAUUACCCGCAGGUCUCUUGGAUAUGCCUACAUUAACUUCCAACAACCAGCUGAUGCGGAGUGUGCCCUGGAUACAAUGAACUAUGAUGUGAUCAAGGGACGACCAGUUCGAAUAAUGUGGUCUCAGCGUGACCCGGGACUCAGGAAGUCUGGUGUGGGUAACAUCUUCAUCAAGAACAUGGAUGAGUCUAUAGACAACAAGGCAUUGUAUGAUACCUUCUCGGUCUUUGGCAAUAUUUUGUCCUGCAAGGUUGUCUGUGAUGAGAGAGGAUCUAAGGGCUAUGGCUUUGUUCACUUUGAGACUCAGGAGGCUGCAAACCGGGCCAUUGAAACGAUGAAUGGGAUGCUGCUGAAUGACAGGAAAGUUGAAAAGGGAGGUAAACAGUUGGAAUCUGGCAGAAAGGACCAUUUCUUGUGGGAAAAAUGUCAGUUCUCCCAGCUUAGGUCAGUAAAUAGCUUUGUUGGCCAUUUCAAGUCACGCAAGGAAAGGGAGGUGGAAUUUGGCUCCAAGGCUAUGAAGUUCACCAAUGUUUACAUUAAAAACUUUGGGGAAGACUUCUCGGAUGAAAAACUCAAGGAGAUGUUUUCUGUAUAUGGAAAGACCCUCAGUGUGCGGGUGAUGAAGGAUGAGAAAGGAGGCUCACGAGGAUUUGGCUUUGUCAACUAUGCGCACCAUGAAGAUGCCCAGAAGGCUGUUGAUGACAUGAAUGGAAAGGACCUCAAUGGGAAGACUAUCUAUGUAGGCCGGGCUCAGAAGCGCCUGGAACGCCAGGGAGAGCUGAAGCGCAAGUUUGACCAGAUCAAACAAGAUCGCAUCCAGCGCUAUCAGGGGGUGAAUUUGUAUGUGAAGAACUUGGAUGAUAGUAUCAAUGACGAGAGACUGCGCAAGGAGUUUUCCCCUUAUGGCACAAUCACGAGCGCAAAGGUAAUGAAUGAUGGAGGCCAAAGCAAAGGCUUUGGCUUUGUCUGUUUCUCCUCUCCUGAGGAAGCAACGAAAGCUGUGACUGAAAUGAAUGGGAGAAUUGUUGCAACCAAACCACUGUAUGUUGCUCUGGCUCAACGGAGAGAGGAGCGUAAAGCAAUUCUUACCAAUAAGUACAUACAGAGGCUUGCUACCCGGAGAACCAUGAGCAGCCCAAUGAUCGACUCAUACCAUCAGUCUGGAUACUACAUGACUGUUCCACAGCCUCCCAUUCGAUCCUUCUUUAACCCCAAUGCUGUCAGCAAUGUAAGACCAGUCCGUUGGUCAGGACAAUCACCAAGACAACAGGGGCCUUUCUCAACUCAGUUUGUUGGUGGUUCUCUUGCUCGUCGAGGAUCGACGACCAUCACUACAGUCAAACAGGCCUCCACUCAGGCCCCCCGCAUUGUAACCUCCUCACAGAAGAGAAACAACAUAGGGACACAGACUGGAGGAGGGCGCACUGACAUGGCUGGUGUGAUCAGAACCACCCAGUACAAGUACUCAUCUGCAGUGAGAAACCCCUUACAUGUUGUCACUGUACCUGCACCCAUGCCAAGGCCACAAGUUGUUCCUGCAACUGUGAUUGAGCCACCAGUUCAAAUUCCAGGCCCAGAGCCGCUCACCACCUCCCUGCUUGCUGCUGCUCCACUCAUGGAUCAGAAACAGCUUCUAGGGGAGCGACUGUACCCAUUGAUUCAAGCCCUCCAACCAAGCCUGGCUGGAAAAAUCACUGGGAUGCUGCUAGAGAUCGACAACUCAGAGCUGCUGCACAUGCUGGAGUCACCCGAGUCCCUAAACUCUAAGGUGGAAGAGGCUAUGGCUGUUUUGCAGGCUCACCAGGUGAAAGAUUGUUCACCAAAGAAGUAA